ACCGAUCUCAUUUCCAUAAAGGCACAACCUUACUUCUUCCAUUCUUAGUUUCAGUUCCACGAUGAUCCAUUGCAUUCUUUUCCUUGGUCUUCUAAUAGUUGCAUACUUUAGUGAUUCUCAAGCUGAAAAUACCAUCUCGCAAUAUUGGGAAGAGCAUAUUAGUCUUCCAAACUCUCCACAUUGGUUUGUUGCAAAGGCUUCUCCGUUAAGCCUUGAUCAGUUGGCAGUGUUUAUGAAACUUAUGGAGGACGAUGAAUUGGCUUCCCAUCUGCAUUUGUUUUGUAAGCAGGCCAAUGUUGCUUGUUCUACAAAUGCCCUGGUGAAGAAAAUAAUGUACGAUAAAAAUUUUCCAUCAAUAGUCCCAUUUAGAGAUCAAAAACGGAUAUAUGAAGGCCUUCCGAAGGAAACACCCUUGUCAAUUGCUAGCCAAGGGGGAUUGCCAUUUUUUCGGGAGUCAAUGGUGAAAGAGGGAAAUUUUAUAUCUGUCCCUGAUCUAAGGGAGCCAGUGUCAUAUAAAUCUUUCUUGCCACGCCCUUUGGCAUCAAAAAUUCCAUUUUCCUUUUCCAGGAUCGAUGAAUUGAAGAAGUUUUUUGGUGUGGUGGAUAAUUCAAACAUGGAUGAGUAUAUUCAAGACACCCUUAAGAUAUGUGAGAAAAGCUCCAUUCAAUGUGAGCAGUGCACCUGUGCUACUUCUGCUGAGGAUCUUAUUGAUUUUGUUGUUGAAAAAUUAGGGCACCAUGUAGGCAUAUGGAGAACUGAGAAUGUUGAAGGAUCUUAUGAGAAUGUCACAAUUGAAACUGUGAAACUAAUAUAUGGAAACCUCUCUGAACCACCAGUCAUAUGUCAUAGCCAGCCAUUCCCAUUUCAAGUCUAUUUUUGCCACAUUUUACAAAAAGUGAAAGUAUAUGCAGUUGAUAUACAAGCUAGGAAGAAGGUGAAUCAUGCUAUAAUGACAUGCCACUAUGACACAUCAACUUGGAAUCCAAACCAUCUUGCUUUUAAGCUAUUGGGUUAUGGCCCAGGUCUAAUUGAAGUUUGUCAUUGGAUAAACAAGAAUGGAGUUGUCUGGACAAAGACUAGUUUGAGCAGCUAAUUCUCUUAUUUGUGUAACAUGUCACACUCGUCUUUUUCUCUUUACUUUUUCUAACCAGGAACUUAUAUGGGUACCCCUGGCUGGACCCUAAUGUUUGAUUGUCUUCUAAUUUUGUGUUACACAUGUUAUGCCUUAAGAUAUUUCGAGGAUAGAUAAUGACCUAUUGUUGCUUUUA